CUUGGUCCUCUGUAUCUGCACUGCUCUGUUGAGAUGGAAUGAGAUGAGAUACAGGAAGAAAGGUCUGCCCCCAGGUACAAUGGGUUGGCCAGUCUUUGGAGAAACCACUGAGUUUCUCAAGCAAGGGCCAAACUUUAUGAAAAACCAAAGGGCAAGGUAUGGCAGUUUUUUCAAAUCCCAUAUACUGGCGUGCCCUACUGUUGUUUCCAUGGAUCCAGAGCUCAACAGAUACAUCCUCAUGAAUGAAGCAAAAGGUCUUGUUCCUGGCUACCCACAGUCCAUGCUGGAUAUCCUAGGAAAAUGCAACAUUGCAGCUGUCCAUGGCUCCACUCAUAAGCAAAUGAGAGGAGCUCUGCUUGCCCUCAUUAGCCCCACUAUGAUCAGAGAACAACUUUUGCCAAAAAUAGAUGAAUUCAUGAGAACUUUCCUCAGAAAUUGGGAUAACAAAGUCAUUAACAUACAAGAAAAGACCAAAGAGAUGGCAUUUCUGUCAUCACUUAAGCAAAUUGCCAGUGCUGAGUCCAGCUCAGUAGCUCAAGAAUUCAUGCCUGAGUUCUUUAAACUGGUUUUAGGGACCUUGUCACUUCCUAUUGAUCUUCCUGGCACAAAUUAUCGCCGCGGAUUGCAGGCAAGGAAAAAUAUUGUAAGAAUAUUAGGACAACUGAUAGCAGAGAGAAGAGCUUCUGAAGAAUCCCGCAAGGACAUGCUUGGCUACUUGAUGAGAAAAGAUGACAGUAAUAGAUACAAACUAAGUGAUGAUGAGAUCAUUGAUCAAAUAAUCACAAUUUUGUAUUCUGGUUAUGAGACAGUUUCGACUACUUCAAUGAUGGCUGUCAAGUAUCUCCAUGAUCAUCCAAGAGUUCUUGAAGAGCUAAGAAAAGAACAUAUGGCACUUAGAGACAGAAAAAGGCCAGAGGAUCCAAUUGAAUGGAAUGACCUUAAGUCAAUGAGGUUUACUAGAGCGGUGAUUUUUGAGACUUCAAGAUUAGCUACAAUUGUUAAUGGAGUUCUGAGGAAAACUACUCAAGAAAUGGAACUAAAUGGAUUUGUGAUUCCUGAAGGCUGGAGAAUUUAUGUUUAUACAAGAGAGAUAAACUAUGACCCUUUUCUAUAUCCGGAUCCAUUAGCCUUCAAUCCAUGGAGAUGGAUGGACAAGAGCUUGGAAUCUCAAAAUUACUUCCUGAUUUUCGGAGGAGGCACCAGGCAGUGUCCAGGAAAGGAACUAGGAAUAGCAGAAAUUUCUACUUUCCUUCACUAUUUUGUAACUAGAUACAGAUGGGAAGAAGUUGGGGAAGAAAUAUUGAUGAAAUUUCCAAGAGUUGAAGCACCAAAUGGACUACACAUUAGAGUCUCAUCUUACUGACUAAAACAUGUAUGUACAGGAGAUAUAGUCAAGAGGGGGAAAGGAUGUACAAUUAAUAUGUUCUAACAAAGAGUAGAAAAUGAAUGACACUGAGUUUUCUUGUUUCAGGCUAUAUAGACUGUGAAUUCUGAAA